AUGGCCUUCCACGUCAUUGUACCAGUCAACCCGCGACCUCGAGUGCCGUCGUCCAUUCUUCAGUAUCUACGCAAGUACCUCAACUACACGUUCUUGGAAGAGGAUCCCGACAUCCGCAGACUGAAGGCCAUGUCACCUGUCCACCUAUGGGAUCAGAAUUAUGUGCUGACUCGGGAAAGUCCACGACCCGCGCUAAACAUGCAUCCACCGCAGCCUGAAAGACUGGCGACGGGCCUAGUUGUGGUCCGCCAGGAUACUGGGGAUUACUGGGAGAUUGGACAUAGAGGCCCUGCUCCUGCGUUUAGUGAAAGAGAUUCUGGUGACAUCCUUACUAGACGGAAGCUAGGGGUGCCCCCAAGCGGCACGGUGGCUUGUAUUUUCUCAAAGACAAGCCGUCUCAAAAAGUUCUCUCCUGUCGGUCAGGACCCUAGUUUCGUACUCUACGAAAACAUCUUAACAAGGUUCUACAUUGCUGGUGUGACGGCCUCCACGCAUAGCACAGAACUAUAUAUCAUGUUGGAGUUCAUCCCCGUCACCUUGAGGAGCAACAGUCAGUUGAUGACUUGGCUAGAAGGCUUUGAAGCAUUGAAGCAGUCGCUGAAGGGUCUUGCACUUCUCCAUGAAGCGGACUUCCGCACGGAAAUAUCGGACCAGGGACCAUCGGUAUUGUGUCGAACUAUCAUAUCGAGGUAA